ACGGAAACGGUAACCGAGCUACGCCUGCUUUCACACAAACACAGAGAUCAGAUUAAACGGAUCAGACACUUGGUCGCAGCAGACUUAUGCAGGUAAAGAGGGAAUUUUGCAGUGUAAGGAGUGUAACUUUGGCUGCUGUAGCCUCAUAUUAACUUCAGGAUGAUGAAGAUGUCAGGAAGAGUCACAAGUUGCUGUGUAGCUCUGUUCCUUGUCCUGAACUCUGUGUCAGCGGUGCAAAGGCUCAAUUCAAUUAAUGAUUUGAUGAGAGUCAACUUUGGCCCAUCUGUGCCCAAGCACAGUCUGAUUCUGCUCCACUGGUUUGCCAACACAGUUGACAUUGACAAUGACAAUUUCAUAUGGCUGACCUUUGACCCGAACAGUGGAGACUAUGGAUCACAUCAUUAUGGCAACUAUCAGCGGAUCUUGCCUCGCGGAUAUCAGUACUACACUGUUGGAAAUCUCAAUCAAGACACGUCCAUGCAACUUCCAGCUUAUGUUGUCAACCCUCCAACGGAGUAUUCGGGAAGAAACAGGGACAGGAUCAUAAUCAGAGUCCAGGAGCAGGACACACGAAAUGGAGCUUUGCGGAUAGACGAAGUGUAUAUCACACAGCAUUAUGACACUUUUGACCAUCAGAGGACAUCUUAUGAUCCAGAUCACACCUACCAGCUCACUAUUUACCUCUUAAGACAGAUCAGAGAGUUUUCUGUGGCACAAAACCAACGACCACUGUCGCAUCUCAGAAACCAUUUUGGAAAUAACAUUGAGGAUUUCCAGUUAGAGCAUAUCAGAAACACAUGGGGUAACCUAGCUUGCCUUGGACUGCUGUUGUUUAUUGUGUUCCAGGAAAGAUACUCAUUUAACCUACAAGGUUACUUUCACAAACAAAACAACAGCGCACAAAUUGGACAAAGUCAUUGGGAUCUUGGUAAAGCCAGCAGGAACAGAAAACCAGGGAGUUACUACACUCCAGAACCCCAGUCCAACUGGGAGGGGUUGAGCUGUUGUCAGCUUUGUUUUGCCUUUGUAUGUUUUGUUGUUGUGCUGUUGUUUGUUAUAGUAGCUUUUAAUCUCCCUAAGGUGUAAGCCUGUAAGAGGUUAUGAGUUUGGUCAUGUGUGUAUCUGUCUGCAGCUAAUCUUGCAUACUACUGGACCAAUCAGCCUCAUAUGCUCUAUGCACAUUUAUGACCACUCAGGAUUGAUGAUCGACAAUUUUUGAAAAAACAGGAAAAACUUAUUUUAUUGCCUGCUCUGUUUUAUGCCAACUGCCUGCUCCCUAGUUGUGGCUCAAAACCUGAAACCCAUAGAAAGAUCGCCCCAUCUAUAACCAGAGCAUCUGCAGAUUAAUUCCAGUCCUGAAAUGUUACGAUCUACUAAAGUCUGACACUGUACCUCACUGGCCGCUGUCGUAUGGUCACCACUAUCCAUCUGCACGGUCAUCAUAUUGGAGAGGUCAAGAGCUACUAGAAAACACUACAAUGUGUAUUGAGAGAUGCAGACUUCCCUACAAAAUCAUGUUACUCAUUUAAUUCUGCACUGCUUUUAGUGAAAUUUGGUUUGUGAUCAACAUGAGAAACUCAACAUGACACUGGUUACUAGUUGGAAUUAAAUUCAGUUACUGGGGGCAGAUGUACUCAGCUCUACGGCAAAAGAUUAAACUUCUGAAGAGCCACAACUUCCACUGGGACACACAGGGGCCGAUCUAUGAAUAGGCAACGUCAAACAGCAGUUUCUAUAUCUACUACAUUGUUAUAGGGCUGUCUGGUUGCUUGUAAUGUUCAAAAUAAAUAACAAUGUUAUAAACAGCAAUGUUAAAUUUAGUAGUAUAUACCACCCAGUUUUUUCGUAUUAAGUUUAUACAGUUAGGCAAACCCAGGAUGCUCAGUUACAAUACCAUUACACUAUUAUAUUAAAGAAAACUAAUACUAUACUAGAGAAAAAAACUUUAUUAAAAACUUUGCAUACAUCUAUAUAAGACCAGCACUAUAUUAUACAAACAAAAUGUGUUUUUGUGGGUUGUAUCUGGUAGUAGGUGCAGCAUUGCAGUAGGUGCUUUACAUAAAAGCUUUUGCCUGGCAGAGAUCUGCACUCUGAGAGAACUCUUCUAGUUUGUAAAUGUUGUACAGUUAAGAUUGAGAUAUAGGCUCGGUAUAAUAUGCUUGUGAUUUAGGGGUAAAAUAUUUUAAACCACCCAUCUCAAACUGUGUGCUAUGAAGGGCUAUUUUUUGUUCUACAAUCACAUGAAAGGAAGAGAGAAAGAGUUAAUCAUACUAUUGAGAUCGCUACUAUUAAACAAGAUGAAAAUAUCACCCUUUACGGAUGGGAAAAUAUUAUUUUAUAAAUACUUUAUUCAGACUGUAGGACCAGAGUUAUCAGUGAUCCGCAUAUGUUCACAGAGAGAGGAGGAGGUAAUCAGUAAAUGAAGGUGAUGUAACGUUUGCCUGGACUGAAAACCUGCAGACUUUGACAUUUUUGAAUAUCACACUGUUUGAAACAUCUGCAGUAAAUAACAAUAUUUGGAAAGACUUUACCUGUCUGGAAAAAUUACAAAAACAUCCCGAAAGAUCAAAAUCAAAAUGAGUUUUAAAUGUUGUUAUAACAAUAAGGAGGUCUAAGGGGUUGUAUUUCACCAAAAACACAUCUGGACAUCAUGUUGAGCUUUUAUAGGUCUAUUUACAAAAUUGCUAUUUGAAAUGUGUCUUUACUUGCAAAGCUUUGGGAAAAUGGCUUUCAUUGUAUAUAAUAAUGCAUUGCUUUGGCAUGGUAAUAAAGUGCCAGGCUUCAUUUAAGCAACAAUGUCUAAUCUACAGUAAUAGCAGUGACUCACUGCCAAUUCAUCCUGUGUCUGCUAGAGAUGAAGAGAAUGGAGAAUGGAAGAUCAACUUCAACUAUUCCUUGUUCUACAGGCACAGUAGAUCAAAUUAAGCAUACUAUGGUGGUAUGAGCUUUGAAGAACAAACUAGUAUUGGUCCCACAUUGUAUUUUACUGCUUAUAUUUUGACAAUUGUUGAACCUGCAUUUUCUGACGUAGUAUUAAUCAUAAAUGUCGAUGAAAAUAUAAUAUUUUACAGAUGGGAAAAUAUUGGAUAAAUCAGUAUUAACCUUCUGGUUUAUUUUUAGGCCAAAUUCCUUGUAUGUGUAAAAACUUACUUGGCAAUAAACCAGAUUCUGAUUCUGA